UAACAAAUUAUAUCAAAAUAACCCCCCCUCCCCCCCUUUCUCUCUCUCGUAUAGCAUAUCUCGCACUUGAACUUGUUUACUGAUAAGCUAUACUCUCUCCCCUUCCUCUUUAAUACAUCUCAGACUUGAGCUCGUCUAGUAACAAAUUGUUUACCACUAAUUGUCCCCUCAUUUCUUCAAAAUCUCCAUAUUUCUCCAAGCGCCGUCUCUACUCUCCUCUGCAGAUUGGGCCGCACUUGGGAUCAAUGCAGCGUGAUCGCAAUGUCUGUGUCUGAAAUCCUUGGGAGCAAGAAAUGAAAUCAUGGGUCAUGUUGUGACGGAAUGAUGUAAGCUCUGGCGGCCGAUCGAAGACUGAGACGCAAGAGUUUCUGGGGUGGCAACGCUCGUUAUUGGCUGGGAGAGCUGCCGCGACACAGGCUUCUUCAUGAAACUUGAUAUCGCAGCUACACAGGCGGUUGAAGCUAUUUGGCGCUGGAUUCCUGGUAUUGGCCAACAGACGUGAGAUUAAUUUACAUUGCAGCUGAAAGCUGCCUUGUGCUGUCCAAGACGUCUCCCUCACUUUAAAUUAUUUGCCGCCGUCCCCCACAAGGUGCGCGUUCUCCCAGGAAAAACAGGGAAACUGGAAAAGCAAAAGGAAAAAGAAAGGAAAAGAACUCUUCUUCGUUUCUUCAAUACUAAUAAUCCCCUGGUGUUGUUUGGUUUUUGGGCUCCGAAUUCCACUUCUGGACCGAGAAACCACCACAAGUUUUGCCCCGCGUUGAUUUGACUCCCACUCCAUCUGUCGAAUUAUUUCCUGCCUUGUCAUCCUCAGCUUCAGUGACAACAACCUCAUCCUCAAUCUUACUGUGCGUCUCCAAUAUUAUAACCUUUUCGGCACUUUCAUGCUACAAGGCCGUUGAACUCUGUGAGACGACCUCUUAAAAGGCGUUGGAGAAUUUCCUCCGGCCUUUCCGCCUUCCGCCUCCCUGUAAUUCUCCUCUUGCGCGACUACGCCGACCAUGUCCGCCGAACACGAUUUCGCUACGGAGAAUCCUCUAAUCUCUCCUCGAUCUGACGAUGGCGAGCAAACACCCGACACUCCUGAUAGCGACAUUUCCCCGCCGAUCAACACACACAAGACUAUACCGCUCUUACGACCAACCUCCGAUAAUACCUCUGGAAUCACACCCUCCUCUACACAUCUAGGUCAGGUAAACGCGGCACGACAUGGCGGCGGAAUUACUCCUCGCCCACAGGCGUCAAUGAGCAGUGCGAAUCAGGAUAUUUUGGCCAAAAUGAAGGCUUUUCAACUUUCGAGACAGGGAGCUCCGCCGCCUAGCUUGAGCCAAGCUGCGUCUACCGGAGCAAUCCCAACAGGUGGCUCCCAGCCAAACGUGUCUAGCCCUGGACCGCUGGCGGGUGGUCAUUCCCCGUCCGUUGCCAACGGUCCAUUAGGCGGCGCACUCGCUGGGCGGCUUCCGCCUUCCCAUCGACCGGCCGCGAAGAAUUGGGCUUCUGCUCCACAUGUCCCCGGUUCCUCUCCCGGGACCGGCUCCCCUAAAGGGCUGGCAGCGAAGCGUAUGAAGCCUGGUCUUAAGCUUUCGGAUGCCACUGGUGGAUCACCUGCGCCAUCUGUUGGAGGCCAAUCGCCCGCCAGUGGCCCGGUUGGGCCAACCGCCGGCGGAGACACUGCAUUCAGCAAGUAUUCGGAAUAUAUUGAUACGAAAUCCGGAACCCUGAAGUUCAAGAACAAAGCUAUCCUCCACGGAGGCGGCAUCGAGUUCUCUUCAGGCCAGAGUUUCAACAUUUCGCUAGACGAAGUUGAUCGCCUGGACGAGCUGGGAAAGGGCAAUUAUGGCACUGUAUACAAGGUCCGGCAUAGUCGCCCGCAUAUGCGCAAACCAGGACAGGGCUUGAGUGGGAUUGUCAGCCGGCUCACAGAGACGACGGACUCUGAUUCUCAGACGGUCAAGGUUCAAGACAACCUGUCUGGUGCUGUCAUGGCAAUGAAAGAGAUUCGACUCGAGUUGGAUGAAAACAAGUUUGCGCAAAUCAUCAUGGAAUUGGACAUCUUACACCGCUGCGUCUCACCGUUCAUUAUCGAUUUCUACGGCGCCUUCUUCCAGGAAGGGGCAGUUUACAUUUGUGUCGAGUUCAUGGACGGUGGCUCUAUCGACAAGCUCUACGCCGACGGCAUCCCCGAGAGCAUCCUUCGCAAGGUCGCGCUAUCCACUGUCAUGGGACUCAAGUCGCUCAAAGACGACCACAACAUCAUUCACAGAGAUGUGAAACCUACCAACAUCCUUGCGAAUUCACGAGGACAGAUCAAGAUCUGCGAUUUUGGAGUAAGCGGCAACUUGGUUGCCAGCAUCGCAAAAACCAAUAUUGGUUGCCAAAGCUAUAUGGCGCCUGAGCGAAUCGCAGGAGGUGGAGUACAGCAAUCGGGAGCCGGCGGCGGCGGCACCUACAGUGUUCAAAGCGAUAUUUGGAGCUUGGGAUUGUCCAUCAUCGAAUGUGCCAUCGGAAGGUAUCCAUACCCUCCAGAAACCUUUAACAACAUUUUCAGUCAGCUACACGCCAUCGUCCAUGGGGAUCCUCCGACUCUCCCACCAGAGUACUCUGAAGAUGCACACUCAUUUGUGAAUGCUUGUCUCGACAAGAACCCCAAGAACCGACCCUCAUACAGCAUGCUUCUCCGACAUCCCUGGCUUUCCUCACUUCUGCAACCUCCGUCAGAACCACACAAGGACGGUGAUGUACCAUCCAUGAAUCUAGCAGAUGGAGCUUCUGGUAUGCCACCAGUUACGGAUGAUCAGGAAGUUGCAGACUGGGUCAAUACAAGGUUGGCGAGACGCAGAGAGGGUACAUACAAGGAUUCAAACAAGCCAGCUCUGCAUGCGGUUGCAUUGGACGCUGUACCUGGGAGCCCUCUGCUUGACGACCCUCUGCUUUCUUUGCAGUAAGAAGAACAGUCUCCCACAUUCGCGCAUCAUAUCAAGAAACAUAGCACUAUCUAUACACAUGCGUUCCAUCUUCUCUUCCCUCUCUUUUUUCACUCUAUACCCUGUUUUACGAUCAAACGCUCUUACUUUGAGCCGACAUUUGCUGGCGCUGGCGCCAUUGAGGCAGAACUCUGGCAUUUUAAGCCCAUUUCUACCGUGUUUUCCAUCCCGACGGUUGCGAUACCGAGGUUGACCUUUGUGGCUGACGUGAGCUGGCGUGGUGCUUCUUCCUCUCUAACAACACACUGUAUACUGCAUGAAUGUAUCGUAUCAUCCGAAUUCUAUAGACCGAACAACUUUUGUGGCAUUGUUUUUGAUGCAUCAUCAUUUCAGGCCUAGACAAAUUUCAAUGCUUAUCAAUCAAUACGUGAUAGAUGCUGAGUAAGAGUGCAGGUCGACGCAGAUUUGCCUCCUCUACAAAAGAUAAAAGGACAAAUUAAAAGGGUUGCGAAAAGGCUAUCUUACCAACACGAUAGCCUCUUCGGAUAAUCAGCUGCCUCGUCGGAAUUAGUAGUUGUCGUUGUGGAUUGAGUCUGUAGAACGAGUCGCCCGGAGCGGCUGAUAGCCCGAUAUCGUCAUCUG